AUGAAUCUGAUGAUCUGGAAUUCUCGAGGUGCAGGUGGGCCCUCAUUUCGUCGCCUUCUUCAGGACUUGAAACUGAGAUAUAAAUUGACGUGCUUGGCUCUCAUGGAACCUAGACAAGCAGGGGAUAGAGCUGAAUUAAUAGCCCAGAAGCUUGGGUGGUCCAAUAUGUACGUGGUGGAAGCAAGGGGUUUUAGUGGUGGCAUAUGGCUUUUUUGGGAAGAUAAAAUACACUUCUCUGUAUUAUCAGCAGGAGAGCAGUUCGUGCAUGGCCUGGUGAAAGACGGCAGUAAUGAGGAUUGGUUUCUUACAUUAGUAUAUGGGCACCCAAAUGCCAUCCUCCGCAGAGGUCUCUGGGAGUCACUCUCCUCUAUUCAAAGGUCCAUGAAUGGCAAAUGGGUAGUGGGAGGGGAUUUUAAUGCGGUUCCUCACCGUGAUGACCGCUCUGGGCUUCGCACAGGCAUGAACGGUAGAGUAGAGAGACAAUUCCAAGAUUGGAUCACUGCUAGCAGCUUGCUUGAUAUUGGGUUUUCCGGACCUCACUUUACUUGGGGGAGAGGGUCAAGCCAGAGUAGAAUAGAUAGAAUUCUUGUCAAUGACUUAUGGACUGAAUGUUUCCCGGAUGCUUCGGUUAUCCACCUUCCAAAGUUCAAAUCGGAUCACUGCCCACUUUUACUCAGAACUAAGAAAGUUGCCUCGGUCUCACCCAAUGAGCGGCCCUUUCGCUUUUUUGCCCCUUGGGUCCUUCACGAGGAGUUUGGGAACUUUGUUAAAGACAAUUGGGCAAUGAAGGGGGACUGGAACUCAGACGUCCAUGACUUCAAGGCUGCUUUAUCUCGGUGGAAUGUACAGGUCUUCGGACAUGUUCAACGCACCAAAGGAAAACUUUAUAGAAGAUUAGAAGGCCUUUCGCGCAAAUCUGCCUUGUCUGGUUUACCCGAAAACUUAGAAAGGAUUCAGAAGGAACUUUGGUAUGAGUUGGAGAAAAUACUCUCGAAGGAAGAAUUAAUGUGGCAGCAAUACUCUCGAGCACAAUGGUUUCUGCAGGGUGAUCGCAAUUCACGUUAUUUCCACAUAAGAGCGACCAGCAGGCGAAAACGGAACCGUAUAGAGGCCUUGAGACUAGAAUCAGGCAUUUGGUCCUACGACCUCAAGGAAAUCAUGGAUAUGGGAUGUCAUUUUUUCAAGGCGUUAUACACAGAGAAUGGAGAAGGGUCACCGUCUCUUGAGUUUGGGAUGAAAUAUCCAACUAUAGAUGCUGUGCAUAUUAAUACCUUGGGGAAAGAGGUGGAGGAUACAGAAGUCAAGCGAGCUCUUUUUGAUAUGGGCCCACUGAAGUCCCCUGGGCCCGAUGGCCUAAAUCCUCUCUUCUAA